AUGGAAAAUCUACUUGCCAAAAUGUGCAGGGCUAAGUAUUUGUUCGCCCUCACCGUAUGUGUGAUUGCCCUGCUGAUGAGGGGGCACUCCUCCAGCAAGUGCAUCCGCAGGGAGGUUCCCCAGGGAAAGCUCUCUCUUUUUCUCGAGACAAAGCUGGCCGACUUGGGAAUAGCCGACCCCCCCUACACCGUUUUCAACUUCGCAACGGAAGCUGCCAACACCACUGACGUCUUAGAGGAUGAACUCAGGAGAAAGGAGAACAAAGCCAUGAGGCGAUUCAGGCACGACUUGAGCGAAAAGAAGGAACGAGCCUCAAACUUCUUGACCAGCCUUUUGAAGAACUCCCUGCAUGUGUGCAAAGGGUAUCCCAACUAUAGCAUGCACAGUAGGAUGACCCUGGCUGCCUGCAUGCAGGCUCGGAGGAACUUCGCCAGGAAGGUGGAAGGGGGGCUGAAGCCGUCGUCCCUCAGGGUAAGAAGUGACAAAUCCAACUUCAACGACAUAAUAAGUAAGUACUUCCCAAAUGCGAAGCUGCGAAAGGGAGCAAGUCGGCGUAGCGUCGGUCCGAGCAACGACACCGCCGGGGAGAAGUACUACUUGUCUGCAAGGAUGAAAAGGAAAGCGGAACAGUUAAGCGCUGGUAAGGACGUCAACCUGGCUGUAGUGGAAGCGGGAGGAGGGGCCUUCCUUCCGGGGAGGUGCCGCACAGAAUGUAUGACCAGUUCAAACGGACCUCACAACGCCACACAUCUACGCGGGACCAACUCCGGGCGGGAAGAACUGAUGGAAAUAUCGAAAGAGGACCACGAAAUUCAGAAAUACAAAAAUAAGUUACACAAGAAAAUAUGGAUCUGCCUCAAACGGAACAACGAAAAGGAGUUUGAAAAAUUGUACAACGAACUGAGCAUGUACCACUUGAAGGAUGAAGUGUCCUACACGAUUCUGCUCCAUGGAAAGAUCAUCAUAUCCAACGGGGGGGACAUAAAGGAGUGCUUUAAAUUGCUCGACGAAAUGAAACAGAAGAAGGUGCACCACUCGUUAGUACGUUUAAAUGAAAGGUUGCUGUGUAGUUACCUUGAAUUGGCAAAGUUGAAUGUGAAACCAAGAACGAAACAGUGGGUUAAAAUAUUAAGGACCGUUUGGUUCACCUCCGCUUUGAUUAAGGCGAGGAGACAGAAGUUCAUACUACGAAAUUUGACUCGAAUUAAAAAAAUGAAAGGGGAUGGAAACUCCGCUUUGCUCAGCAACUUUAACAACCUGUUUAAUAUCCACAGUUUGCAGUCGCUGUAUGUGGAGGGCAGGGAUCCCCUCCUCCCUUCGUCGGGCGGGGUGUGCAUACAAAAAAUACGCCCGUUUGGGAACCCAUCAGUGGAGGAACACCCGAAUAAACUAAAAAAAAUGAACAAAUGA